AUUUCCUCAACAGGCCCAGACCCAUACCCAUACCUUAUCUUUACGUACAGACUCUGAUUUUCCCUUUCGCUUGUCAUUCGAGGGUCGGAGAUCAAACCUAAAAACGCCACAUCACCGACCAAAUUCAGGUGUCAAUGGACGCUAGCCAAGGAGCGGACAUCUCGGUGUUGCCGGAAGGUUGCAUAUCAAACGUGCUGUCGUUUACAAGUCCUCGCGAUGCCUGCACUUUGUCCAUCGUCUGUUCUUUGUUCAAGAAUGCUGCCCUAUCCGACACCGUUUGGGAGAGUUUCCUGCCAGCGGAUUUUCAGUCUAUUAUCUCCCGCUCCAGCGAUUAUUAUUCUCUAUUGGCUUCUUCCUCUUCCAAGAAACAACUCUUUCUCAGACUCUGCCAAAAUCCAAUCCUCAUCGACGAGGGCAAAAAGAGUUUUGCGUUGGAAAAAUGGACUGGGAAGAUAUGUUAUAUGCUUUCUGCAAGGGACCUCACGAUUGUCUGGAGCGAUACUCCUACUUAUUGGAGAUGGGUAUCCGAACCGGAUUCCAGAUUUGCAGAAGUGGCUGUGCUUAUCAUGGUAUGUUGGCUUGAAAUCAGUGGCAAAAUCAAUACUCAAAUGUUGUCCCCGGCAACAUUGUAUACAGCUUAUUUGGUGUUCAAAUUAGCAACAGGAGCUUUUGGGUUUCAAUCCCUCCCUGCAGAGGUCAGUGUGGGACUUGCUGGAAGUGAAAGCUUUACGCGUGGUGUUUUUUUGGACGCAAAAAGAGGACGGAGAAGGCGACAUGGUAUGCUUAGCCGCAGCUGGCAUUUCGGGUUGCGAGCAUCUGUGCCCACUGGAGGAAGCGAUGGCGGAUACCCUAAAGAGAGAGCAGAUGGGUGGCUGGAGAUUAAAUUGGGUGAGUUUUUUAACAAGGAAGGCGAAGAUGGGGAAUUGGAGAUGAGUAUUUUGGAGGUGAAAGGUGGUCACUGGAAACGUGGUCUCGUUGUUCAAGGGAUAGAGAUCAGGCCAAAAAGAGAGUAAAAAUCUAAGGUGGCAAUUGCAUUUGGGGACAUUGGCAAUAUAACUAGAUAGAGUGAGAGGUCCAUCAUCCAUGCCAUGGGUUAGAGUUACUUCUCUUGCCAUUAUGUACGUGGAAUGAAUUAUAUAUCUAAAUAAAAUAUCAUUAUCUUC